AUGCCACCACCUCCGAUCGAAAAGUCCUUACCGGUGGUUGGAGAUGCCGAAAGGCGCAGAGAUAGCGUUGAACGACAGCCGUCUGGAAGACCCAGUACGCCAUUAACAGCUCGUCUAUUUGGCAGAAAGAGUACAUCGGAAUCGGUUCACAGCCCUACUUCGUCUUUUGGCCAUAAUAGGAACCUCACCAUGUCCCAAGGGAACACGGUAUCCGUUGUGCUUAUUUCAACUGCUUUGGAGACUAUUGCUGCAUCGCGAGAGGCAAAGCGGUCGACUCAGCUACGUGAAGCAGUCGAUAAUGCGCUUAACAUGAUCAAGUCUGGACAGGGUGGCGAUAAACCACGCGAAAUAUUUGAACCUUUGCGUUUGGCUUGCGAAACAGGGAAUGAAAAACUUCAGAUCGCAAGCUUGGACUGUAUCUCGAAGCUCAUCUCUUACUCAUUCUUCCUGGAGCCUGAUGCACCGGCUGAGCACCAGCAGCUGGCUUCCCCACCAGCAUCCCCAGCAAACCAACAAUUUGCGAAUGAAUCUCAAGCAACUCUGCGCCAACCCACCCUUGUAGAUAUUGUUACCCAUACAAUCACUGCAUGCCAUACUGAGACCGCCCCUGAUGCCGUCUCACUGCAAAUUGUAAAGGCACUCCUCUCGCUGGUUCUAUCCCCAACCCUGCUUGUCCAUCAAUCUUCGCUACUCAAGGCCGUGCGGACAGUAUACAACAUUUUCCUCCUGAGUUCUGAUCCAGUUAACCAGACCGUUGCUCAGGGGGGUCUAACUCAAAUGGUACAUCAUGUCUUUAGCCGGUGUAAUUUGGGCAACUCGCGCAAUGGAUCUAUGGAUGGGAGUGUUCUACAGUCACCUAAGGCCGACACGGCGAGUUUAAAAAGCCGGUCGUCUUCUAAACGACCAUCAUUGACUCCAUCGACCUCCGAGACGUAUCCAGUCCCCCCGUUAACACCCUCGGAUGAACGCUAUGGACGCGAAGAAGAAGACGGACCUUCUCAGAAAGUGGAAGGAAGAAAUUCGGUUGAGGCGUCGGUGGCUAAUGCCUCCGUUAUACGUGAAGUCGACAACCACAAUGCAAGUGAGCACCUGGCCGAAGCCGAUGACCACGUACACACUAUCUCCACAAAAGACCUAUUCUUUAAGGACGCGUUCCUCGUAUUCCGUGCCCUUUGCAAAUUAACGAUGAAGAACCUUAAUACGGAGAGCGAACGCGACUUGAGGUCGCACGCCAUGCGUUCGAAACUCGUGUCAUUGCACCUCGUGCUUACAAUUCUAAACUCGCACAUGCAAGUUUUUGUUGACCCCUCUUCCAUCAUCUACUCUGCAUCAACCAAUGAAGCGACAUCCUUCAUCAAUGCAACGAAGCAAUACUUGUGCCUAAGCUUGAGCCGAAAUGCAGUCAGUCCCGUACCACAGGUCUUUGAGAUUAGCGUGGAGAUUUUCUGGAGACUCCUAACUGGAAUGCGGACAAAACUCAAGAAAGAAAUUGAAGUAUUUUUCCACGAGAUUUUUGUUCCCAUUCUGGAAAUGAAGACUGCGACAUUGAAACAGAAGUCGGUCAUUCUUGGAAUGCUCCAACGUCUAUGCCAGGAACCCCAAGCUCUGGUGGAAAUUUACCUCAACUAUGAUUGCGAUCGAGAAGCUGCCGAUAACAUCUAUGAACAUCUAAUGAAUACCCUUUCGAAAAUAUCGUCAUCGCAUUCGAAUGCUCCGCCUCCCAAAGCAAGCGAUCCUGCGAGUCCGGCUUUGAAUCCUUCGACGAAGCACCAGUCACAUAACAUUCCUCCUGCCCUGAGCACCUCAGCUUUAGCUGUCCCAGGCAACGCCGAUAACCAGAACCUUGGCCUGUCAGAGCAGCAACUUAAACGCCAGGGACUGGAAUCCCUUGUUGCGGUUCUUCGAUCACUGGUGACCUGGGGGACUGCUACCGGGAAAACUCUAAACAGUUCUGACACAACCCAGGAUACUACAGUUCCUCCCACUGGGGGCUCCAAUGCCGACGGCAUGGUCUCAGACUCAUCGCUGGACAAGUUGCCUGCUCCCACGAAUGGUAGUGACGUAUCAAGAGUGACUACGCCAGAGAUUCCAGACGACCCUGGGAAAUUUGAGAGUGCGAAGCAACGAAAGACGAUCCUCCAGGACGGGAUCCGGCGGUUCAAUUAUAAGCCCAAAAAAGGUGUUGAAUUUCUAAUACAGAAUGGGUUCAUUCCUAGCCGAGAGCCGGUGGAAGUUGCCAAGUUUCUCUUGAACACGGAUGGCCUGAGCAAGGCAGUCAUUGGCGAAUAUCUAGGAGAAGGUGAUGAUGAGAACAUUGCCACUAUGCAUGCCUUUGUGGACCAAUUAGACUUCUCGGGAAUGGCUUUCGUAGAUGCCCUUCGCACGUUUUUGCAGACUUUCCGACUACCUGGGGAAGCACAAAAGAUUGAUCGAUUCAUGUUGAAGUUUUCCGAGAGGUAUAUUGCUGGGAAUCCCCAGGCUUCGUUCGCAAAUGCUGACACGGCAUACGUCCUAUCAUACUCGACUAUCAUGCUUAAUACGGACGCCCAUAAUCCAGUAGUAAAGCAACGUAUGACAAAAGCCGAUUUUAUCAAGAACAACAGAGGUAUCAACGAUGGUGCCGACCUUCCCGAGGAAUUUCUCAGCGAAAUUUUUGAUGAUAUCCAGACAAACGAGAUUCGUAUGAAGGACGAAAUGGAUGCACAAUUAGUCUUACCGACGCAAGGUCCAGGAAUUGCCAAUGCUCUUGCCAAUGUUGGUCGUGAUCUACAAAAGGAAGCAUAUGUUAUGCAGUCUCUGGGUAUGGCGAACAAAACCGAAGCACUCUUCAAAACUUUAAUGCGCUCACAGAGACGGGGCUCCAAAUGGAAUGACCAGUUUUUCAGUGCUUCUCAUUUUGUCCAUGUCAGGCCCAUGUUUGAAGUUGCUUGGAUUCCAUUCCUUGCCGGAAUCUCGGGGCCCCUGACGGACACGGAUGAUCUGGAAGUUGUCGAGUUGUGUCUGGAAGGAUUCAAGUGCGCCAUACGAAUCGCUUGCUUCUUCGACCUUGAACUCGAACGCAACGCUUUCGUUACAACGCUUGCCAAGUUUACAUUCCUUAAUAAUUUAGGUGAAAUGAAAGCGAAGAACAUGGAAGCUAUCAAGGCGCUAUUGGAUAUUGCAGUUUCUGAUGGCAACCAUCUUCGAAGCUCGUGGCACGAAGUCCUGUCUUGUGUCAGUCAACUAGAGAGGAUGCAGCUUGUCAGCAAUGGGAUAGAAAUUCCCGAAUCCAGUCGUGGUAAAGGGAGAGCGAGGAAGAUGCCUGCGGAAGAACUGGCUAACGAAAGUCGCUCCACUCACAUCACUGUUGCGGCCGACAUGGUUUUCUCACUAAGCCAUUAUCUGUCCGGAACGGCUAUUGUUGAAUUUGUGCGCGCGCUCAGUGCCGUAUCAUGGGAAGAAAUACAGUCUUCUGGCCUAUCAGAACACCCACGACUAUUCAGUCUGCAAAAGCUGGUAGAAAUCUCGUAUUACAAUAUGAACCGCAUUCGUCUAGAGUGGUCUAAUCUAUGGGAAAUCAUUGGCGAACACUUCAAUCAGGUUUGCUGCCACCACAAUCCUCAUGUUGGCUUCUUUGCAUUGGAUGCCUUGCGGCAACUCGCAAUGAGAUUCCUGGAAAAAGAAGAGCUCCCGCACUUUAAAUUCCAGAAGGAUUUCUUAAGGCCCUUCGAAUACACAAUGAUCCAUAACAACAAUCCGGAUGUCCGAGAUAUGGUGCUACAAUGUCUUCAUCAAAUGAUUCAAGCGCGAGUACAUAACUUCGUUUCUGGUUGGCGGACGCUUUUUAGCGUUUUCUCCGCCGCUUCGAAGGUUUUGACUGAACGUGUUGUGAAUUCUGCAUUUGAAUUGGUCACUCGGCUAAACAAGGAGCAUUUUGCUGAAAUCAUUCGACAUGGUGCAUUCGCAGAUCUCACGGUCUGUAUCACUGACUUCUGUAAAGUCAGCAAAUUCCAGAAGAUCAGCCUUCUGGCGAUUGGUAUGCUUCGUGACGUUAUACCAACAAUGCUUUCUUGUCCGGAUUGCGCAUUGAAUUCUCAGCCUUCCCAAGACGGCGCUCAAUCACAGGCCGCCGACGAUGCUAUGAUCAAGUUUUGGUACCCUGUUUUGUUCAGCUUUUACGACAUUAUAAUGAAUGGAGAAGAUCUGGAAGUUCGACGAUUAGCACUCAAUUCGCUAUUCACGACCCUCAAAACGCAUGGGUCCACGUUCUCAGUAGAGUUUUGGGAUACAGUUUGCCAGGAGCUGCUAUUCCCCAUAUUUGCUGUCCUAAAGAGUUCUUCCGACCUAUCUAGAUGGAGCACCCAGGAAGACAUGAGCGUUUGGCUUUCAACGACGAUGAUCCAGGCAUUAAGAGAUUUAAUUGACUUGUACACGUUCUAUUUCGAAACAUUAGAACGAUUCUUGGACGGGCUUCUAGAUCUCCUAUGCGUCUGCGUCUGUCAAGAAAAUGACACGCUCGCACGAAUAGGGACGGCCUGCCUCCAGCAGCUGCUCGAAAACAAUGUCAAGAAGCUCAGUGCUGGGCGGUGGGAACGAGUCGUGACAACAUUCAUUAAACUCUUCAGAACAACGACUCCUCACCAAUUGUUUGACGAAAAUUUACGAGGCGAGGUGGACGGAAGCAAUACAGACGUUUCUGAUACACCACCAGAUUCAGGGCAGACGAUCAUCCCUGCACCUCUUACCGUUAACGGCGACACUAAGAACGGCGUUAAGAUAUCUGCCGGAGAACGGAAGCGCAUCUUCAAGCAGAUCAUCGUCAAAUGUGUAUUGCAGCUCCUUCUCAUCGAGACAACAAGCGAGCUUCUCCAAAAUAACGAAGUUUACGAUACUAUACCUCCUGAGCAUCUGCUUCGUCUAAUGGGCGUUCUCGACCACAGUUAUCAAUUCGCUCGAAUGUUCAAUGAAGACAAGGAACUUCGAACUGCGCUUUGGAAAGUUGGUUUUAUGAAGCACCUUCCAAAUUUGCUUAAGCAGGAGACGAGUAGUGCGGAUACGCUGGUCACCGUACUUUCCCGGAUGUAUUAUGAUCCUCGUCCGCAACAUUUGGCAUUAAGGGCCCAAAUAGCUGAUAAAUUCCUUCCACUUGGUUUAGGGGUUAUUACAGACUUCAAUAAACUCCGCAUGGAGUCAUCAGCCAAGAAUAUCUCUGCGUGGAUGCCCGUAGUCGCACGAAUCGUUCAGGGCUUCUGCGGACUCAGCGAUAAAGCGUUUGGACGGUUCCUCCCUGCAACCUAUCCUGCUGUGUCGGAACUCGUUGCACGCGAUCUAUCUUCAGAAGUCCGAUCCCAUCUUCGAGACUACUUCGUCCGAGUCGGACAAUUCCAGGGUAUCAUAGAGCGUUCAUGA